GCUGAGUUCUGGUGAAGCCACGUCACCCUUUUAAUCUCAGCCGUUCGAUCAGUUGCUACAUACGGUCCGAUGUAUUCCAUCCUUCCCUAAGCGUCGCCUCCCUCCUCCACCGAGCGCGGAUUCUCCGCCGCCGCCGCCGGGCGCGCUACUCUCCCCGCGCGCGCUCCUCUCCUUUCCCCACCAGCCCCCGCGCGCAACUCCUCCCUUCCCCACAUCGCGCGCGUGCCAGGCGCGGGCCCGGCGCCGACUGCUCUCGCUCCUUUCCCCAAUCGCGCGCACGCGUCAGGCGCGGGCCCGCCACCGGCCGCUCUCGCAUCCCCGCGCCGCUUCUCCUCCAACCCUCUCCCCCCGGCGCUUCUUCUCCAAUCCACCCCCCUCUAGCGCUUCUCCUCCCCCCCCCCCCCCCAAUCUUUGUUUCAUCCGAGCUUUCACUUCUGCGAGGUUGUGUGUUCUUCUAGGGGAUUCUCUCCCCGGCGAUUCUCUGGCCGCUUCUCCUCCCUCCGUAUAUCUAUUGAGUCGAGUGAUGGAUGCCACAGGCGAUUUGUGUUCUUGCUUCCUAUCUUCAGUCCCUGCAUGUAUCGAUCAAAAUUGAGGAGUUUCUAUCAGGCUGUCUGCUCCUGUUGCUGCAGAAACGAGUGUAAGGUAAAUUUCUCCAUCCAAUACGUAUCUCUGUUUGAUAAAAUGCCCACAUGUAUCCUGUAUUUCAGGUAGACAAGUAGCAUCAGCCACCAGGCAUCAUGAUUCACUUUUGAGUUUCCAUUUUUAUGGUGAUCUUCUGCAAACGACUUUUGAAUAUAUAUAGCUGUCCAAAGAUGCAGCCUAUGGAUACAUGUUAAGACAUUAAGGUAACAAGUGAUAUGAGCAAUGUUUGUCUCCCUAAAUCAGUAUUCAUGCAUCGUUCUAGGGUGGGGGAUAUUUGCCAAUAAUUUCUUUGUAACAUAAAACCUCAGGAUUAUAAGUUUUAGCCUGUAUUUUCCUAACAUUGCUACUAAUAUUGGAUGCAAGAUAUAGUAUGAUUCAACACGUCAAAUUUGAGUCAAUUCAUGGUAUUUAUUUGGUUUCCACUAACCCUGUUCAUGGUAUAUAAAUCAAAUUUACAACUUUGCUGUAGCUAUAAUUUGUUGUGUUUAUAAAUUUAUAUUGCAGUUCAUUCCUAUUCCUAUUGUCUACUAUCAUUGUAGCAGCAGCUAUGGGCUAUCACUGAGGUCAGUCCCCAUAACAUUCCCAUCCAAAGCAGCGGCUUAUCUGGUUUCUCCAUAUGAGUUCUCUAUCAAGAAAAUAUCCCAAUAUAUUUGGUACCACAUAUUCGUUCAUGGUCACCGACUUUCCAGAUAUUAUAAUACAACCAUCCUAUGAUAUCUUCUUUGUAAGAGGUACUAAGCAAUUUUCUCCUUUGCUGUGCCAUUAUCCUCUCACUUCAGGUAGCCGAUAUCAUCUUUUAUAUUUUACUCAUUCAUUCAUUUAUUUGUUCUUUUUAUCUCUUGCUAGAUUGUUAGCUCAGGUUAAUCUUUGUUCUCCCCCCUCCCCCUCCUAUAAACAAAUAACCAAAGGUUUGUUUGGAAGAUUCAGUAUCUUCGGUAAGCAGAGGUGGUCAAAGGUACAUUCUACCUGGAUGGCCACUCGAGGAAAAUUGGCCUCCCCUUUGAUGCUAAAUAAUAUAUCCUUACAAGUUUGUGAUCCCCUACCUCUCUACCUUCCCAUUUCAUCUGUUUGUCACUAAUGAAAAUUAUGAUGGUGAUUUCAGAACAUUCAAGGGAUUUGAUCUAUUUCACAUUUCUUUCAGAUCAAUAUAACUCCUUUUCAUCGUAAUGAUAUAAUGGCAUCAAGUGAUUUGAUCAAGCACAAGAAAGAGUGCUACUGCUACAGUGCGGAGUUACAUAUUUGAUUUUUGGCAUGUUCAGAACUUCUUUUGACCAAUUUCUAUGUUCUCAGAAUUUUGUUACCAUCAUUCACUUAGUAUGGUUACUGUUCUUGAUGAAUACCUUGUGAAAAAAAAACCAUGGAUUAAGCCUUUUACCUUACGGAUUUCAUGCAUCAAAUAUUGCAUAAUUUUUUUAUUUCAUCGAAAAGAUAUAAGCUCUACUACGAUAAAUUCGUCAGUUCAGCCGAUGAAGUUUGCAAUAUUGCAGUAUGAGGUAAAAUGGAUGUUUCAGUGGAUUCAGUCACUGAAUUUCACUUCCUUUUGCUAAAAAGUAAUUUGAAUACAACAUUUUUUAAACCAUAUAAUACAAUAUUAAUGUUUUCCUUGCCUCAUAAAUAUUAGAAUUAUCAUAUAUUUGUUUAUCUAUUUUCAUAUCAUUUUGCAGUGCCACGUCCUAUAUAGGUUGGCUUUGCGCAACCUUUUACAUCGUUGCUCGAUUCGUCAUCACAUUGUUAGCUGGGGGAGCUAGACUAUUCUUAUGAAGCUUGAUACUUGAUCAGUAAAUUACAUUUUUUUGCAGGGAUCAGUAAAUUACUUAGACUGCUGCUAAAAACAGACAAGUAUGAACGUUUAAAAAGGAGGCUAAUAAGCAGUUCCAUUCUUGAUGAACUUUCUGUACGUUAAAAACGUAUUUGACUAUGGUUUCCUAAGUGUUUUUGAGUUUAUAUAGUACUCUUAUCCA